UGGUUAGUCAGAAAUUUAUAUAUUUUUUAGGUUUUUGAAAAAUGCCUGCUUUCGAAGCUCCAAGUGUCGAACUGGGUAGUGCACCUCGGACACCGAGCAUAGUCGCGUCACCCUCUCCUUCGGAAAUCUCUAGUGCCAGUUCACCUGAACCACCUAAUGUACGAGCCACUCCGUUGUUUAGAGCUCUGGCUAUGCCACCACCUGAACCAGAACAACCGCCAGGACAAGAUGAGCUGGAGCGCCGGCUUCCUGGAUACAGACGUAUCGUCAUACCCCGAGAACUAACUUUGAUAGAGCUUCUGAAACAAAGCAGCGGGGUAACAACCGAUGAUGAGGUGCUGCGUAUUCGAGAAGCUAAGCUACGCGUGGUGGCUGAUCGAGUAGGACUGAGGCGACUGCACGUUCUCUCCCCACGACUGCGAAACCUGACGUUAGACGGCAGUGCGCUUUCUUCAUUGCGUGAUCUUGGAAUCGGUUUAGUUCAUCUCAAAAUUUUAAGUAUCAAUCGAUGCGGCUUGUCUACCUUGGACGGCGUCUGGGGUCUUGGUGCCUUGAGGGAACUGUAUGCUGCUGGAAACCGCCUUCACGACUUGCAGCCCUUAGCGGCGUUGCAAAAAUUACACACAUUAAACUUGGCUGACAAUCCUAUAUCAGAUUCGGGUCGUCUGUGGACGUUAGGCGUAUGUGGUGCUCUCCGAAAACUUACUCUCACUGGCACUCCAGCAGCUGAUGAUAUGGACUACCGCUCUCGCGUUGCCGCUGCGCUUCCAAUGCUCCUAUAUUUGGACGAUCGACCCCUACAUACAGACAUUGAAUACGAUUCUGAAGGUAUAUUUGGAGCUGCAUCCUCUUCAUCUGACAGUGAAGAUGAAGACGAGCCUGACCUUUUGCUCAAAGAAACCGAACCACUGCCAGCGGAGCCUGAACCGAUGCCUUCCACAUCCCAAGAUGAUUUUACACACCAUGAUCAAGUCGGUGACGGUAACUUUGGGAGUCCUGAAUGCGAUUUUUCACGGAGACGUCUGCGGCGUCGGCCAGCGACCACAGAGAAUGCUGGUGUGAGACCAACGAGGCCGGAUGUACCGCUUAGACCAAAAACAGCACAACACAGGCGUAGCACAACUGCAAAUGAACCAAGCCGACUAGAGAUUCUGAAUACUCUUAUGGAUGACGAAUGGCUAUGCAGUGGAAGCAAGUUGACAUCUUUGGAGGCAGUCUGCGGAAACUUAGCGAGAGCUUUGCGUCGAACUACUAGCGCAAAUCGUCGCUCUAAAGUAGAUGCCGAGAAAGAGUUGGUCGAACAAACGAUGGAAGACGCAUCACGAGCGAUAGCAGCUGAAAUACCACGUGCACCACGACUUGAAGACUGGGUCAAAUUCAAAGAAGAAACUGGGAUUGAUAUCAAUAUAGAUUUUAAUGAUAGACCAAAAGACGCAGAUCCAGCGAAGGUUCUCGAACGUCUCGAGCAAAUAGAGAAAGAAACUCAGAAAAGGGUUAAAGAAGAAGCUUUAAGGGGCAACACUAGCAAUACGGACAGAAGUUCGGCUAGCACAUCAUAUUUGCCAAACAGUGCUUUCCAUACCUUAUCAAUUAUGAAUGACUUUGAAAUGUUUCAGAGUUUUCAGACAGAUUUGGUUUCUAAUGCUUCGAAUUAUGAUCUCGAUUCGUAUUUUGACGAUGUCAACGAUUUGCGCUCCGUAAGCAGAGAAAGGGUUAGGUCUCCUCGUAACAAUGACUCACUAACGGAGUAAGAACAACUUUCCCUUACGAGGCGAUAUUGCAUUACCUAGUAGAUCUGUACUGGGAUUUGUUACGUUUACCGCAAAUGGCGCAAUUGCAUUUAAAAACUCAAUACGUAGGAACAUACCUAAUUGUUUAAUUUACCAGACUACGGAAUGGUGAAUUAAUUUGUCAGUUUGUGUAAAUAUACAUUUAGAUUAACCUCAAAAAUAGCUGAAUUGAUUGGAGUGAUGUCAGCAGAGAAUAAAGGCAAUUAGACCUUAUUAAUACUACUAGUGGAAGUUUCACCAUUAACCUAGUAUUGGACUAAUUAAUCUAAUUUGAUUGUGCCAUGGCAGGUUUUCAAUCAAUUUUCCAUCAACAGUCAACAACUCGUGUUUGUAAUGCAAUAAAUUCUUAAGAAAGAAAAUCCUUUCUUAGGCAUAGUUUAGUGAUAAUUUCGUGACAAUAUCUGGCACGAGAUCACGAUGCGUCGAGGCUGUUAGAAGCAACAGAAAGUUGAAAACAACUCACAAUGAUACACAUUGUAUUUCUAAAAUGUCUGCUACAAACAUACAUCCCAAAAACUUAUUGAUUUUUUCCCAAACUAACCUUCUUUUUAUAAUUUUUUGAAGAGACAUUAUGUCUGUUUUUAAAUAAUAACAGAACCUUUUUUUACUUAUUUUGUAUUGCAAAUGUAAGCUCCUUUGUUUUUGCUGUUGUGUAGGGAUAGUUUCUUCUUUAGAAAUGUUCAGCACUUUGAGAUUGCUAUGGGAUGAUUAAUAGGUACCUGUAUUUUUGUCCCCGCUUAUCCGGGUUGUUUGUUUGCCGUUAUUAUUUUAAUUAUUUACCGGAGAGGUUGUCUUAUUAUCCAUUUGAUUUAUAUAAAAUGUUGAACAAUUCAAUUUUAUGCUGUUCAUUAUGCUAUCUAAAAGUAGGCACAGUCAGCAACACAAUUCCAUUAAAACGAUUAAAAUUACCGGAAAAUAUGUGAACACUCGGAACACUAAAAUCUCAAAAUGCAAAGCUGUGUUCAUUGAAUUUAUUUUGUUCUA